UUUGCACAGCUGUCAUCCCGCCUUACGUAGAUUAUAAGACGGCAUGCUCCACGGAGAACGAGAAGAGAUGCGAUAAAUUGUUUUAUUUUGUUAAAAAUAUAAUUUUCCACUCUGAAAACUUCUUUCUUAAUAUUCGUAUUUUGUAAAACUGCAAACGCAAACAACGUACUUUUAGGAACAACUAAACAAUUUACAAAUCAUUCGUGUUUCCAAAAUAAAAAAGGUGCAUUCUAAAGAAUUUACAUAAUGGAAUAUUUAAGAGAAAGUUUGCUUUUGGGCUGCGGUAAUCCCCUGCUAGACAUAUCGGCAGUUACUGAUGAAAAGUUCUUACAAAAAUACGAUCUCAAGCCGGACAAUGCCAUUUUGGCCGAAGAAAAACACAAACCCUUGUAUGAGGAGCUGGUGGAACGAUUCAAUGCUGAAUACAUUGCUGGUGGCUCCGUUCAAAACUCCCUACGAGUAGCCCAAUGGAUUCUGCAAAAGCCUAACGUUGCGGUUUUCUUCGGUUGUGUGGGAGAUGAUAAAUUCUCAAAAAUCCUAGAAACAAAAGCACGUUCGGACGGAGUGAAUGUGCAAUAUCAAUAUACCCAAGAAGCGCAAACCGGAACGUGUGCCGUUCUUAUCACCGGGACACAUCGCUCCUUGUGUGCAAAUCUUGCGGCGGCCAAUCUAUUUACCAAGGAUCACUUGUCAUUGCCCGAUAACAAGAAACUAAUCGAAAAUGCCGAGUAUUACUAUAUUUCUGGGUUCUUCUUGACAGUCAGCCCACCGAGCAUCAUGGAAGUGGCACAUCACGCCCAUAAGCACAAUCGAAUGUUUAUGAUGAACUUGAGUGCUCCAUUUUUGUCGGAGUUCUACAAGGAACCCAUGAUGGCUGCUCUUCCUUUUGUUGAUAUUCUCUUUGGAAACGAAGCUGAAGCAGAAUGCUUUGCUCAACAACAAAGUUGGGAUGAAAGAGAUAUGAAAGAGAUUGGCAAGAAAAUGGUCAAUCUACCCAAGGAGAAUCCAAACCGUCCACGUAUAGUCAUCAUUACUCAAGGUAAAAAUCCAGUGCUUCUCAUCCAAGAGAACAGCAUCGAAGAGUUCCCCGUGGAGAAGCUGAAACGCGAAGAAGUCGUGGACACUAAUGGGGCUGGUGAUGCUUUCGUCGGUGGAUUCCUGUCGCAAUACGUACAAAAGAAACCCCUGGGCGUGUGUAUUCGUUGUGGUAAUUGGGCUGCAAGGCAAAUUAUUCAACGGAGUGGUUGCACGUUUGAAGGAAACCCUGAUUUUAAGGAAUAGACGUUAACUAAAUAAGUAAAUAGGAAUUUCUAUUAAUUGUUGUUAAGUUUUAUAGUCGCAGAUAAAUCCAAUUAAAACCAAGUCUCUUGAAUUAAAAUUUAAAAAAACACCACGUAAAUAGUUAACCUCUUAUUGUUUCAUACAAAAACAAAGCAAAACGAUGUGCAAAAUAUGCACAUAAUUUUGUUAAUGAAUCUAUAGAAAACAAAAAUCUUAAAGUUUUAUAAAUAGUUCAGCCUUGUAAUAUUUUUUUUCUUUUGAAAAAUCAUGUAUCCAAAAUUGUAUGUUUAAAAUCUCACCACUUGGAAUCAUAUUUAAAUCGUUUUGAAAUGUAUUCAAAUAAAAAAUGAUGUAACAUAGUCUUAAAAAAAAAACAUUGAAAAACUAAAACUUUUAAAAAUUAACACAAAAAAAAUGGGUUUGGAAAUA